UACCAAAACUGGUUACAAACAAACUCAUACAUCGAAAUUCCAAUUGCAAAUACAGGCUUUCAAAUUGCUUCUGGGCCGCACCUGAGAGUAACCACGUAGAGCGUCUAUAAACCAAAGCAUCAUCGCCCAAAUGUUUCUUCGCCCUUUGUCCCAAAGAAACAAAUGCCCUCGACUGUUUUUUAGUUUGAAAUUCAACCCUUUUUUUUUGGGUUUUCUUAUUGCCUGGGAUUGGAGUAAUUUCUUUGCUUUGAUUUGUAGCGAUGAAGACUGAAGAGGUUUUUCUGGCAGAAGAUUUCCUACCACCACGGAUAGCAGCAGUGAGCCAGUGACCGUCAGCUGUGAAAAUGAAUGCCGAGAACUGCAUAUUUUCUGAAGGCAGAGAAUCAGCUUGGGCUUUAAGUUUUCAUGUAGAAAUUGUUCAUCAUCAACCUCUAGCAUGAUUCAACUCUGCAAUUUGAAGACCUUCAGAUUGGUUCACUCAAUAUUUUCUUGUACAUUUGCUUCCAAAACAAACAGAGUGUUGGUUGGAGAUCCAAAACCCUCACUUCAGAGUCAGUUGCUCUGCAGACACAUCACAUCAGAAAUCUCAGAAAACCAACACAAUUUCACAGUCACUUACCUCAUAAACACUUGCGGGUUGUCCCCAGAAGGAGCGAUUUCAGCUUCUAAGUGGGUCGAGUUGAAGUCACCAGAAAGAGCAGACUCCGUUUUAGAGCUUCUGAGAAACUAUGGAGCAUCUCAAACCCAGAUAUCAAAGCUUAUUAGGUCACAUCCAAAACUUCUUUCAGCUGAUCCUGAGAAAACCCUUUUGCCAAAGCUUGAGUUUUUCAGCUCUCUUGAAAUUUCAAAGGUGGACCUUAUAAAAACUCUGGCUUUUAAUCCACAGCUUUUGGCAGCCAGCUUGAGAAAUCGGAUUUUGCCCACUUAUAACUUCCUCAGGAGUAUGCUCUCUGAGAAAAAUGUUGUUGCUCUUUUCAAACGCAACUCGUGGAUUUUCUUGGAAGGUCACUGCAAGCAUGUGGUGCCAAAUAUUGGGCUUUUGAGAGAAUUGGGCAUGCCUCAACCAUGCAUUUCUUUUUUGCUAACUCAUGGUACUCGCGUUUUGAUGGUAAAUCCUGAAAACUUUGGUCAACUUGUGAGUGAGGUUAAGGAAAUGGGAUUUAAUCUGGAAAAAUCAACUUCAGUGAAUGCCCUGUGUGCAUUGUGCGGCAAGAAUAAGUUGGUAUGGAGUAGAAGUCGCGAAGUUCUUAAGACAUGGGGUUGGUCUGAGGAUGAUUUUCUCUCCGCUUUCAGGAAGAACCCGCAGUGUAUGAUUGUCUCGGAGAAGAAACUUAUGCAAGCAAUGGAUCUUUUAGUGAACAAGAUGGGAUGGUCGUCAGGAAUGAUUGCCAAAUAUCCUGUGGUCCUCAGUCUCAGUUUGGAGAGGAGACUUAUCCCGAGGUGCUCUGUGGUUAAAGUUCUGUUGUUGAAAGGUUUCAUAAAUGAGAACUUGAAUCUGGGUUCUCUGCUGAAACGAACAGAGAAGCAGUUCUUGGAGAUUUUUGUGAACAGAUAUCUUGGCGAAGUACCUGAAUUGUUAAGUGUGUAUCAAGGGAAGGUAGAUAUCCAGUCUGUCUGAUAUGUUGAAACGGGUGAGGAUGUAAUUAUUUUAGCCACCUGAUGCUGCAUCACUCAUAUGCAUUAGAUUGCAUUUGGCACAAUACUAUAAUGCUGUCCUCUACCCUAGAAAUUGUCUUUAAAGUAAGGUUUAAAUUGUAUCCCACAUCUUACUAAAAUUUUGCAGGAAGUAAAUUCAGUUUUUUAUUCUUCUACUCGGCAGCCUACCUGUUUUUAAUUAGAUUUAUAUAUGCUUUCUUAUUAGAACAAAUGCCUGCCGUAGAGUCGCUAGAAUUUCUUCUGUUUAUGGUUCCCGACUUCGGUUACCCUUGAAAGUUUAUUUUGUAGAAUGUGCGCAUAUAAUGCUUCUAUUAGGGUACAAUGUAUUGUAUUUUGGUUGAGGAGUGGAAGAAGCUAAUUUCUGUCCAUUUUUCAAAAGAUAAGAAUGACUCUCAAUCCUUUAUCCCCUGCUCUUUGAGUAAUUGUCCUCUGUGAUGCUGCUAGCGUACUUAAGCAGCCAUGGUUGGUUUAUAGGAACUACUUAGUGUCAAUGAUUGAUUAGAUUCAUAUGUAAUCAUGUCAACAUGGCAUCGAAGGACUCGAUAAGCAUCAUUUUCUCAUUGUCUUCUCUUGUGUUAGCCUUUUUACCGAGACCUUAACGAUUAGGAACGCGAUAUCUGCAAUGCUUGAUGAAUUGGGAAUUCAGGGGACAUAAAACUCGGCUCUGAUGGAGUUGCAAAGUAGGGUGGUUUGGCAAUUGUUAUCUAGAGGAUGAAUCUAUCCCGCACUGAUGGAUGUGCAAAGAUGUGUGGAUCUCAAGAGGGAGGUCAAGGAACAUUUCACUGUUUUUUUGGAAUAAAUUUAUGUUCAAUGAACUUCUCUUCAUUCGCCAAAAUAUAAAAAGAGGCCUUGUUUAUUCUUUACUUGGUUUACAGUUUUCAAGGAUUGAUUCUUAGUUCAUUGCCCCCCAAGCCAUGAGAAAAUAAAUGCCUGGAAAUGAAUUUUCUGAAUUGAUUGAAUUAAUUCAGAAAAAUGAAGAACGAGAGCAAAAAGGGGAUUAAGGCAGUCCUUGAGAGGGUGGGAAAUUGGAAAAGAAGGAAGAAAAAGGCAAGACAAAAAGCUCAAAGGGAUGAUCAAGUGAAGCUUCGGGUUCAAUUAUUACAUCUAAAAGUUGGUCUGAAGCUAUGGUUGCUAUUGGGAAGACUUUGAAUCGGUUCUUCUCCCCAAAGCUUUUGCCGUGAUUGGGUUGCGAAAUGAUUGUUGAUCCAUCAUCCAAACCACAAGGCGGCGCUAAAAAGAAGUCGUUUGAGAUUUACGAUGCAUCAGCUGAUGAACUUCCUUGGGGAAGUGCAAUUUUUGCAACUUGCUUCGUCCUCUGUCUUGCAUUAAUUUCAUUCACUCUAAUCUUGCAUUAUUGUUUCAAUCUAAUGGCCAGGAUCGUCUCAGACUAAAUCAU